GGUGUGCUUGGCGGUGUUUCCCCGGGCCCCUGCGGGGCGUGCUCCUGUGCGGGGGCAGCGUCAGCAGGAGCAGCUCUCGCCCGCUCCGCGCAGAGGCCUCAUCCAUCGGUGGCAGUGCUUGGAUACAUCCCCAGCUUCUGGCACCGAGUACGAUGGCCGCGUCUGGGAGCAGUUCUGGCAGAACGUGUGUGCGUGGGGCUCUCUGGGAGAGAAGCUGUAAGGCUGUGAGGACAGUUAACACGGGUUAGACUAGGGGAAGACAAUUAUGAUGGACGCUGCUUAAGAUGUGUGUAAAUAACUGAAGGGUGAGUGUCGAGAGGACAGAGCAGGCUCUUGGUGGUGCCCAGCAAUAGUACAGGAGGCAAUGGACAGAAACUAAGGAAAGGAAGUUCCACCUGGAUAUGGGAAGAACUUCCUUCCUGUAGGAGUGACCACACUGGAACAGAUUGCCCAAAGAGGCUGUGGAGUCUCCAUCACUGGGGAUAUUCAGGAAUUCACUGAACACCAUCCUGUGCCAUGUGUGUGCUGGGAUGAUCCUGCUUGAGCAGGGAGGUUGGACCAGAUGACCACUGUGGUCCCUUCAACCUGACCCAUUCUGUGAAUAAUGAAACUGAAAUUUCAAACUGGUCACCACUGUCCACUUGUUAUGUCUUUCUCUCAGUGCCAUGAAGGUGACCACUAAAUCAUUAAAAAAGUGGUGGUGAACUUGAGAUUUUAUGUUCUGAAUUAUGGAAGUAUUUCAUGGAGACAAAUACUUGCUACUGAACUUUUCCUAAACUUAUGGUUUUAUGCCACUUAUGAUAUUUUUGAUUCAACAGUUACAAAAAAUAAAGCUGUUUAGAGAAAAGAAGUAAAAGGCUGCAGCCUUUCAUCUCCUGUUCACCUGCCACUCAGCUAUGGCUGAUGAUGAUUGUCAGUGAUGGAGGCCCCCACCCCCAGUGCAUUGCACCUGAGUGACUGGCAGGAAAGUUACUUUGCUGUCACCUCUGGCACCUGCACACCCGGGCAGAAGGCAGAUGGAUACCGUGCCAAGAUCCUGCGUAUUCAGUAUGCAUGGGCAAACUCCGAGAUCUCCCAGGUCUGUGCUGCCAACCUGUUCAAGAAGUACGCAGAGAAAUACUCUGCGAUUAUUGACUCUGGCAACACAGAGACUGGCUUGAAUAACUAUGCAGAAAACAUUUUGACUUUGGCAAAAUGUCAGCAAAGUGACAGUGACAAGUGGCAAUCUGCCUUGACAACAGAUAACGUGUUUGAAUUAAAGUGUGUGCAAGAGAGGAUGCAGGCUGACAAAAUUUUCCAGAGCUCUCAGAUGGCACCGACAGAUGCCAAUGUACGAGCUGAUAAAGGGGUCAGUGCCUCUGCUGCUCCAGCUCUUCCUAAACUCGAUGUCUUCAGUAGUACCAGGGAGACUGAGCUCAGUGCUGGCUCAGCAAAAUGUUCAAGUCAGGGACCAGAUCUUCCUGGGCAUCCCUCAUCUUCCAAGUCACUUCAAAGCAGUGUGCCUCCUGUGGCCAGAAUUUCAGACACACUUCCCGCUGCUUCAGCCUCCUUAAGCAAACAGGUUCAUCCCUGUUUCCAGGCAACUCCACUCUUUGGGAGUAAAGAAGCCGCUAAUAGUAGUUCUCUGAAAAUGUCAGAUAACUGUUGUGAUGGACAAAAUUUGACUCUUUUCAAUCAGUCAGCUGUACCUGCCUGGUCUGCAAAUUCUGGGAAAAGAAAAGCAUUCUAUGGUCUGGCUGAUGAGGGCAGCACAGCUAUUCCUAGCCUUGCUCCAUGUCAGGCUUCCAUUUCUACAGAAACUAAUGGUUUUUCAGGGCAAAGAAACAGAAAUGAAGAGAGCAGUGCUCCUGGGUUUAAAACUGCAAAGGAACAGCUGUGGAUGGAUCAGCAAAAGAAAUGUCAAAACCAGCGUGUACCAGUCUCAUCAUACGGAGGUGUAAAAAAAUCCCUGGGCGCAGGCAGGUCUCGAGGUCCAUUCGGCAAGUUUGUGCCUCCAGUUCCAAGACAAGAUGGAAGUGAAAAUGGAGGAGCACAGUGUAAACCUCAUGUCGGGGAAUCGGCAGACCCAUUGCUGCCUGUGGAUGAGCGGCUGAAGAACAUAGAACCAAAAAUGAUUGAGCUUAUCAUGCACGAGAUCAUGGACCACGGGCCUCCGGUCAGCUGGGAUGACAUUGCUGGAGUUGAGUUUGCCAAAGCUACUAUAAAAGAAAUAGUGGUGUGGCCCAUGCUGAGACCAGACAUCUUCACCGGCUUACGUGGUCCUCCUAAAGGAAUUCUUCUCUUUGGCCCCCCUGGGACUGGCAAGACCCUCAUAGGCAAGUGCAUCGCGUGCCAGUCGGGAGCAACUUUUUUUAGCAUCAGUGCCUCCUCUCUGACUUCCAAGUGGGUGGGUGAGGGGGAGAAGAUGGUGCGUGCGCUGUUCGCUGUGGCACGGUGUCAGCAGCCAGCAGUGAUUUUCAUCGAUGAGAUCGAUUCCCUGCUGUCCCAGCGCGGAGAGGGGGAGCACGAGUCAUCCAGGAGAAUAAAAACUGAAUUUCUGGUGCAGUUAGAUGGGGCCACAACGUCCUCUGAAGAUCGUAUCCUAGUGGUUGGAGCAACAAAUCGACCCCAGGAAAUUGAUGAAGCUGCCCGAAGGAGGCUGGUGAAGAGACUGUACAUCCCUCUCCCAGAAGCCUCUGCCAGGAAGCAGAUUGUCACCCGGCUGAUGGCAAAGGAGCAUUGCUCUCUAAGUGAAGAGGAAAUCAAACUCAUAGUCCAGAAAUCCGAUGGGUUUUCUGGGGCAGACAUGACACAGCUCUGUCGGGAAGCUUCCCUGGGCCCUAUCCGCAGUCUGCAGUCCGUGGACAUUGCAACCAUCACGCCGGACCAGGUGCGGCCCAUCUCUUUCCUGGACUUUGAGAGCGCCCUGAGAACGGUGCGGCCCAGCGUGUCCCCCAAGGACCUGGAGCUCUAUGAAACCUGGAACCAGACGUUUGGCUGCGGCAGAUGAGCUGCAUCACGGCUGUUUCACUGGGACAGCUUAGCAUUUCAACACUGCCACGUAUUAAACCUGUGGCAAUUUAGUGCCUCUGCACUUUUGUUUUGUUUUUGUGCUGGAUUUAAACCUCCUUAUGCUAUGCAGGCAGAUGUCCAGACUCUGGCUGAGGCUUUGCAAGCUGAAAAGACUGUGACGAACUUCUGGUCAUGAUAUGAGAAAUUGCUGAACAGCAGUGGCAUUGAGAGGCUGACAGAAUUUACAGAUUGCUGGGAGAGAUGGACAAAUUUCACUGAUGUUUAAGGGGAAGGUUAUCAAAUCUCACAAAUAAUUAAAAGGAAUAUUGGGGAACUCUUGCAAGAUCCACCAUGCUAUAUCAGUAAGGGAUUCAAAUAAUAGCAGAAACACUGGUUUUGGGUAGGGGUAUGGUAAAACUGGGAUGGAUUUAGUAGAAGACAGGAGCAGAGGGAGGAGUAGGCAGAGGUGGAUGUGGACUUGUAUGGAAAAGUGGAAGGGGGGACAAAAGAGGAAGGUCUCUUGAGCAUUGCUCUUGUCUGACAGCCUUUUGACUCAUCACUGCAGUCAA